AAUAUAUAUGACUUUAAAACAAUUAUUGCCUACUUACCCCACCUCCUUAAUAUAUCUUCCCUACCUCAUCCUAAUAUACCUUUCCAAUAUGUAGUUCCGAAAGCAUCUUCUGGGAUCUGGUCGGGAUAUUUUGUCAAACAGUUUGCGAGAAAUCGAAUCAACGAUGGGAUCAUUGAGACGCGUGGUGGUGGCAGUAGACGGAAGCGAGGAGAGCAUGCGGGCACUUGAAUGGGCACUGGACAACAUAAGACUGUGCGCUCCUCAGGAGGGCGACGGAGAUAAGGGAGGCACGUUUAUUAUACUUCACGUCCAAUCACCACCCACAAUAUAUGCAGGUCUGAACCCAGGAGCCAUCCCCUUCGGCGGACCCGCUCAUGUGGAAGUCCCCGCAUUCACAGCAGCAAUUGAAGCACACCAGACACGUAUUACUGAAGCUAUCAUGACACAUGCACUAGACAUAUGCAGUCAGAGAGAUGUUAAUGUGGAACAGAAGGUUGUGGUGGGUGAACCUAAGGAGUUAAUUUGUGAGACAACUUCAAAGUUACAAGCAGAUCUUUUGGUUUUGGGCAGUCAUGCUUAUGGAGCACUCAAGAGGAAGACAAAAUCAGACAAAGGUGUUUGGGCCAAACUGAUAGGAUGUCUGCUUUCUCCUUGUUCACAAUUGUGGUACCAUGAUCAAUUAUAUGCCAAUGCGAUCAAUCAUGACUUGCUUAUCCUCAUGCUUGAUGUGAUCAACAUCGUUUACAACUUGCCAACAUGCUUGGAUGCUUCUGGGAAGUGUCAGCAACUAUUGCCUUAACAAUGCCAAAUGUCCUGUUACUAUCGUCAAGAGUAGUCAAUAAUGCCCCUGAUAAUAGUUUCUUCAAGAGUUGUUUCUCAUCUCACAAUCUUUGUAUGAAGUAUAUCUGUACAUGAAAUAUUAAUGCCUUGUUUCGUGUGCAUUAUUUAUAAUGAUUUGCUAACAUGUUAUGCUGUAUUUGAGACAUAUAUAGGCAUAACAUUUGAUAUUUAGAGGACCUAUAUAGGUGAUAUGUAUUGAUGUGUUUUAUUUAUUCAUUAAAGGUACAAGGAGUCUUUAUUAAAGAACACAUAUUUGAAGUAAGUUAUGAAAA